GGGGUAGAGUCUGUGCUGGGACCCGGCGGCGGCAGCGGCCAAAGGAGGAAUGGCCCCAGUGGGAUCCCAAGCCCUGUUGGGCUUCAGGAAAAGAGGAGGAGGACAUUGGCUUCUGCCUGCUUAACAACAUUCUAACACAGACAACUAUCUAAGGUAAAUGUUUCCAUAACCUUAUGGAGAGAAAGGACUUUGAAGCAUGGCUUGAUAACAUUUCUGUUACGUUUCUCUCUCUGACGGACUUGCAGAAAAAUGAGACGCUGGAUCACCUGAUUGGCUUGAGUGGGGCAGUCCAGCUCAGGCAUCUCUCCAAUAAUCUAGAGACCCUCCUCAAACGGGACUUCCUCAAGCUCCUCCCGCUGGAACUCAGUUUUUAUUUGUUAAAAUGGCUUGACCCUCAGACCUUACUCACGUGUUGCCUCGUCUCCAAGCAGUGGAACAAGGUCAUAAGUGCCUGUAUGGAGGUGUGGCAGACUGCCUGUAAGAAUUUGGGCUGGCAGAUCGAUGACUCUGUCCAGGAUGCUUUGCAUUGGAAAAAGGUGUACUUGAAGGCCAUUUUAAGGAUGAAACAACUGAAGGACCAUGAAGCCUUUGAGACCUCCUCACUGAUUGGACACAGUGCCAGGGUUUAUGCACUUUACUAUAAAGACGGUCUUCUUUGUACAGGUUCAGACGACUUGUCUGCGAAGCUGUGGGACGUGAGCACGGGGCAGUGCAUCUACGGGAUACAGACCCACACCUGUGCAGCAGUGAAGUUUGAUGAGCAAAAACUCGUCACAGGCUCUUUUGAUAACACAGUAGCCUGCUGGGAGUGGAGCUCAGGAGCCAAGACCCAAUACUUCCGAGGCCACACAGGAGCAGUUUUUAGCGUGGAUUACAACGAUGAGUUGGAUAUCCUGGUCAGCGGGUCAGCGGAUUUCACUGUGAAAGUCUGGGCUCUGUCGACUGGAGUGUGUCUCAACACGUUGACUGGACACACAGAAUGGGUCACUAAGGUGGUCUUGCAAAAGUGCGAAGUCAAAUCCGUCAUGCACAGCCCUGGGGAUUACAUUCUUUUAAGCGCCGACAAGUAUGAAAUCAAGAUCUGGCCCAUCGGGAGAGAGAUCAACUGCAAAUGCUUAAAAACCCUGACGGUGUCAGAAGACCGCAGCAUCUCUUUGCAGCCUCGGCUUCACUUCGAUGGGAAAUACAUUGUGUGUAGCUCAGCGCUUGGAUUGUACCAGUGGGACUUUGCCAGCUAUGAUAUUCUCAGGGUUAUCAAACCUCCAGAGUUUGCAAGCUUGUCCUUGCUAGGCUUCGGUGACAUUUUUGCCCUCCUGUUUGAUAACCACUACCUGUACAUCAUGGAUUUGAGGACAGAGAAACUGAUUAGCCGCUGGCCACUGCCAGAAUACAGGAAGUCCAAGAGGGGGUCAAGCUUUCUGGCUGGAGAAAUGUCUUGGCUCAACGGCUUGGACGGCCAGAACGACGUGGGCUUGGUCUUCGCCACCAGCAUGCCCGACCACAGUAUUCAUCUGGUUUUGUGGAAGGAACACGGCUGAAGGGGAGCAGCAGAUACACGUGUGAUGUGGCUUUUUUAAACAAAUGAACAUAACAGUUGAGACUGCCAGCGACACGUCAGCCAGAGAAGACUUUGCAUGAACCAAAGCUGCGCAUCUUCCAGACACCAUCAUGCAAUGUACAAUCAGUGUACAAUCAUUUUACCUUUAAUUUUCUGGGGCAUUGGAGGAGAUGGGGAGGUGCAGAGUAACACAGAGGGGUGUGUAUUAUUAUUAUUAUUAUUAUUAUUAUUCUUUUUAGAAACAUUAAUGCACCACGGCAUGCUAACAUCCUAGACUCUACUGACUUGAGUAUUCAUGUUCAAGCAUACACAUUGGGGCAUCUUUCUCGACUGUGGCUUUGGGAUUGUUGGUUUGGUUUUUCUUUUCCCCUUGAACAAAAGAAAGAGACGCCGUACAAAGGAAGGGAAGGGUAUUGGCUCUCAGCCCUUCCCUCUUCUGCCCCCAUUGCUCACAGGUAGAAAAAAGGAGGUAGUGAAUCAAAUCAUUUCCAAUACCUUGUUCUCAAGGCGUUCACCUCCACUGUGAAAAACCAGAUUGCUACAAGCAGGUUAAUCGGUUUCUCUGUAGCUGAUCAAAUGUCGCUUCACUAACCACACAUACCUACACCUCUGUAUGCAGUGAAAGUGGGCCCUCCCCCUUCCUGGAGCCUCAGCUGUUCUCUUACUUAGAAGCGACUAAAGGAGGAGGUCUUGCAAUUAUUUGGAAAAAAGCAAAUUCAGUUUUUUCUACCCAAGGCCUGGCUCCUUUGGAAUGGGCAUUCCCCUUCUACAUAUGGUGGAGGGGAACAGGUGGGGUGGAGGGGGUGACAUCCAAGCAUCUCUCACCAGAGGCGUGCUUUGUCUUGCAAGGCAAAUUCAUGGGCCCAUUUAAGAGAACUGCCUUUUUAAAUGAGCCAGCAAGUCAAUGGAAGGCUCUAUGUGCCUGUAGUGGUUACUAGUACAGGGAAGAUCUGCAAAUGUGUGUGGUUGAAAGUAGCAUUGACCCUGCUUGCGUAGCAGAGUCAGUAUUCUUCUUAAAGUCCUGGCUCCCUUGGAACAGGUGUUCGCCUCUUGCCCUGAUCUCUCUGCGAGAAGAAGUCUGCAGCCGUUUCCAUCAUGGCUUCCUGAAUCUAAUGAGAAGAAACAAGAUGCUUACAAAGAUGAGUAGUAGCCAAGAGCUCCAGUGGACAGCACUUUCCUUGCUUAGGGAAGGAAUUGGGCAACAGAGAGUUGGAAGGAAGUAUUCUAGCUGCAUGCACUUGUCAGCCUUCUUCUUACCUGCUAAUUGCCACAGGCACCUGGGGGCUUUGGUUCCUGUAAUGGCUCACUGAAGUGCUACCAGCACAGGACUCUCAAAUCAAAAGAAGCUCUCCAUCUUUCCAGGGAUGUUUCUUUUCACCAUUUGUUUUCCAGUGCAGAGGCCAAAGCUGUGGUUUGGCUGAAGCCUGGCAGCUUGAAAUCCAAUUGAAGUAAUUUAAGACUGAAAUAUGGCGAGAGAGUGUUGAACAAUAUGUGGAGGGGAGGGCUCACUCUCUCGCUGCCCAUCCACCUGUGCUUCUGUUCUUGGAGGGGCGCUGGAUCAAAGAUGGCAGUCUUCUUCCGGCACUUGCUACAAAAGUUUACACAACAAUAUUAAUAAAACCAUCUGCCUGGUUGGACUUUUGUGCUGGCACUCAGUGAUUGAACCAAUAUUUUUAGGUCCUCGGGGACUAAAAUCCACUCGAACUCACCUCUUCUUGCUUUAUUAACAGUGAAUGUGAUGAAGAGUUAAGUCCUCGAAUGGUGCAGGCUCCAAGUUGGCUGGCUAAUGGGGUGAAUUGAGUCCUUGACACUAGGGUGUGGUUAAAGCAGCAGUA